AUGGGGAGGACAAAAUUGGGUUCUGCAGGUUCUGGAAACUCACUGCCCGUGGGAGGAUGGGGCAUUCUCUUCUCCCACCCUCGGGACUUUACCCCAGUGUGCACCACAGAGCUUGGCAGAGCUGCAAAGCUGGCACCAGAAUUUGCCAAGAGGAAUGUUAAGUUGAUUGCCCUUUCAAUAGACAGUGUUGAGGACCAUCUUGCCUGGAGCAAGGAUAUCAAUGCUUACAACUGUGAAGAGCCCACAGAAAAGUUACCUUUUCCCAUCAUCGAUGAUAAGAAUCGGGACCUUGCCAUCCUGUUGGGCAUGCUGGAUCCAGCAGAGAAGGAUGAAAAGGGCAUGCCUGUGACAGCUCGUGUGGUGUUUGUUUUUGGUCCUGAUAAGAAGCUGAAGCUGUCUAUCCUCUACCCAGCUACCACUGGCAGGAACUUUGAUGAGAUUCUCAGGGUAGUCAUCUCUCUCCAGCUGACAGCAGAAAAAAGGGUUGCCACCCCAGUUGAUUGGAAGGAUGGGGAUAGUGUGAUGGUCCUUCCAACCAUCCCUGAAGAAGAAGCCAAAAAACUUUUCCCGAAAGGAGUCUUCACCAAAGAGCUCCCAUCUGGCAAGAAAUAUCUCCGCUACACACCCCAGCCUUAAUUCUCUUGGAGAAGUUAGUGCUGUGAGCCAGAGGAUGUCCGCUGCCAAUCAUGUUUUCCUGCAGCAAUUCCAUAAACACAUCCUGGUGUCAUCACAGCCAAGGUUUUUAGGUUGCUAUACCAAUGGCUUAUUAAAUGAAAAUGGCACUAAAAGUUUCUUGGGAUUCUUUACUCUCUGCCUUCACCAGCAACCAAUUCCAUUCAUACAUCAGCACUCUACUGGUUCUGUUUGAAAUAUUUUCUGUAUUUAAAACUCAAAUCUUGUUGGAUCUCUGCAGGGUUUGUGACCAAUGAGGUCAUAUUGGUUGAUGGUUGAGAAAGCUUGCUUCACUCUGCAUCAGAGAAUGACUAUCAAUUUUUUUUUUAACUAUCCUAUCACGUCCUCUCUUCUGUCACCCAUUUUGAAGAGUGGCAGAACUUGAGGUUCAGCUUCCUCUGUAAAUAUCCAAGUAUAAAACCCAGGAACUUCUAGAAUAACCCAGAUGUGCUUUAAU